CUAACGCAGACCGGGCGGCUGCUGCGCUGCUGGGCGGGUUCUGGCUGUCCGGACAGCUCGGUUCUGACUGCAACAGCAGCGACUCUCCUGAAGACGUUCUUCUAGAUGGAGGGGGGGGCAGGAAGCAGUUGGAGCUCCUCAGGUAUAAAAUCUGGAGAAACAGAGAACGUUUCCAGCAAAGGACCUCGGAGGAGAACAGAGCAGCGAGGAGCUGAAAACUCCCCAAGGAAGAAGAGGAGAAGACAAAGGCAAAGAAAGAAAAGGAGGAGCUCUAUCGAAAAAGUGGAUGGAGAAAAAGAAGAUGAAAGCAGAGAGAAAGAGCUGCUGGAGGAUAAGGGGAGGACAUCCGUCCAGAGUGAGACUGUCGACGUCCAACCUGAAGACAAGCUGCAAACGGAGAAGAGCAACGAUGACCAGAAACCUGCUCCAAAGGCGGAAGCUGAGACUCAAACAAGAGGGUUUCAUGGCAAAAACAAAUCUACUCAGACUCUAGUCGCAUCUCAAAAGAACCAGGAAACACAGACCGACUGGACUGAACCGAAGCGGGACGAUGCCGGCCAGGACAAGAGCCAAGCUGGCGCCGAUAGUCCGGCUAACACUGAAUCUACAGAAGAGGAAGCCACACAUGGACCUGAGCCGCAGUCCACCGAUGCUGCUGACGCUGCGACUCCAGAAAAAGACGGAGCCGUGUCAAAGCCUGAGGAACAGGAGCGUCCUCCCGCUAAAGGCUCAGGCGAGUCGGGAACGGCUCCAACAGAGAAAGAAGCCAAACCGAAGUCGUAUGCCCAAGCGGUUUCAUCAGAAGAUACAGGAAAGACCGAUCAAAGGCCCCGGGAUGGAGGUGUGGUGAGAGCGCCUCCCGCCGCCGCCAUGUUCGGUGUUCACAUCUACGCCGUGCUGGACAAAAAAUUCCGGUUCAAUCCAGAUUGGGACACCCUUGUUCUGUGCUACGAUGGAGGAUGGUCGCCCCUUCAAAUAACAUAUUUUCAUGGCAUGAAGCAGGAAGGCUAUCUGGUUGAAGCAACUCUCUGGGUGGAAGAAAACCAGCUGGAAAGAGGUUUGACAUGGAGAUAUUGGUAUGGUGUGAAGCAGAGACAAAAAGAAAUUUCUGCUAGUGCUACCAGAGUUCUACACAUUCCAAAGAACCCAACUGUGAAAGAGCUUCACCUCUACGAAGGCUUCAUCUGCCGGCACGAGGCCAGCCUUUUCAGAGCUGGCCUUCAGGUGGUUGGCCUGGGAAAACCAAAAGGCGUGGAGCUUUCCGAUGCCUGGCAGAGAUCAGCAAGAGUUCUGCUGAGGAGAAUCUUGGAGAAGUGGACUCCGUCAGACAAACGUAGCACAGAAAGCAUGUGUGACAGUUUGAUGUGUUAUGCUGACUGCCUGGGUCAAGAGAGAAUUCGUUACCCAGAUGGUUCUUCUCCCACACUUAAGGUGUCAGAGCUGGUGUCCGAAAGUUUGAUACGGAUCUUGAAAAGAGAACCAAUGGAGGCACUUCCACAGACCUGCAGGAACACCAGUGGCCUCGUUCUGGGCCUGUCUGUUUUCAUGGCCACCAGAAGAUGCAACAUCGACCUCGGAGUUCAGGGAUGGGCCGAACUCUGCCAGCUGGUGACCUCGGACUCCGCGAUGGACAAGAAAAACCUGGAGGAGCUGAAUGGUCUCUUCAGUCAACCACAAUACACCGUCUUAGGUCUGAUGAACCACUGCGCUCAGCUGUUGGUGGUGGAAGUGGUGCUGCUCCUUCCUCUGCUGUUCAAGCUCAGACAUCCAGGAGCUGAUGCCCAAAAAGUGGGUCCAGCUGUUGAGGAGGGUGACUGGUCGGGACUUGCUGGCUUCGAUUUCAUGGCGUUCAGAGAAAAAAUGCAGUCACACCCAGACAAACGCCGGGCGCUGCUCCAUUUGCUUCGGAAGCAUCUGCCUUUACUUGCAGAGAUGCCUCUGCUUCAGUUGAGCUGGUCGUCUUUGCUGGCCUUUGAGGAUCUUCCUGAGUUUUCAAACUUCUCAGGGAUUCCUUCAGAACACCUGAUCCAGAGUCUCUUUUAUAGGAUUCGCAAAUCUGCACAUGACAGGAAUCUGCAGAGAUAUGAGGAGGCCGCAAAGCAUGCUGACAAAUGCCUGACCCACAUACUAACAAAAGUAGAGCAGGAGAGAGACAGGCUAAGUGAAUCUGGAAACAGUGAGCCGGCUCUCAUGAGCAGCAUCGGUGUUUUGAGAAACGUGUGCGCGAUUGUGCGGCUCGUCCCUCAGUACCGCGCGGUGGUUCAGUCUUACACGCUGGUUGUGAAGUUAGCAGAAAUUCUGGAAGCUAAACUGAGGAAGGAGCUCAAAGAUGAUGUGAAAACUAUGAAGCAGAAGCUCCUUGACUGGAUUCUGCCUGUGCAGCAGCAGAUCAGGGAGUGGAGAGACGAAGUGCUGCGGAAACCACUCCUGACUGCAAGGAGCCUGACUUACCCAAAAGAAAUCCAGAUGUGGGAUGAACUGCUCAGUGUGGAAAGCUCCUCUGAGGACAUUUUAACCCUUUGGAGUCAGAGCCUGGAGAAAGACCUGAGGAAGAGGAUAAGUGAGCUCUCUGAGGUGGACAGAGUCCUGGUCUGCUGCCUGGAGUCAUCGCAGUCUGUGAUCAGGAGGAGUCACCGUGUGGAGCAGCGCUGCUUUGACGAGCUGGGUCACUCUGCCAUCAGGAGCAUCUGUCAGGCAGCACAGGAAGCUGACCUGCUGCGAAAUCUCUGCUCAAAGGGGGAAAUUCCCCAAGGCAUGUUGUCCGCUAUCAUUGUGGAGUCUUCAUCCCGGUUCAGAGACCAGAUGGUGGCCAAGCUGCUGGAGCCGCAGUCGGCCAUGAACUUCCUGCUGUCUAACUGGGAGUGGAGGUCUCUGCAGGUAGACGACACGGCCGGACUGGUGGUGCACAGCUGCUUGGAGGCCCUGACGGCUCUGCUGGUGGCGCUUCUCCGAGGAAGCGUGACCCUGGGAGACCUGCAGACCUGCCUGAAGUAUCGAGAGCAGUUGAAGAAACUUUACCAGCAAUACAAGAAAAACCCAAAUUCUGAAAGGGUUCCUGUGGAUGUGGAGACUGUUUUAGCUCAGAGAGAGAUGGAUCUGAACUCCUUCCUGCAGCAGAGGCAGCACAUGGACGCACUGAUUAAAAUGAUGGCUAAGAUUAAGGAAAGCAUUCGAGCCCCAGACAUGGCACCUAUCGAGAGGAAGCACACCGCAGACCUCACAGGAGUGAGCCUGAGCAAACUGGUGCUGGUUCAGGCCUUUGGUGCAGAUGGAGGCCCAAAGAAGAUGCAUGCUGCCCCCGUGCUUUGGUACAACCCAAGCCUGAAUGUCCUGAGGAUGGCCAGUGAGAUGCACAAGCUGACGAGCAGCAACCUCAUUCUGUCCUCCUGGGUCAAACAAUCGGCACGUUGGGCAUCAGCACAGCCUCCAGGCUCCACACCUGUGCAGGUGACCCUCGCACACGUCUGUGAGAACGUCUGGAGCCCUCUGCUGACGGACUUCCUGCACCUGGGAGUCGGGAUCUCGCAGGCCAACAUCUCCUUUAAGCUGCUCGAUCAAGUCGUGGUGGACUCUGGCGACCUAGGUGACGGGCGGCUCCUGAACCAGGAGCUGAUUCUGAUGUCCGGGGCGAUGCCUGCAGCUGGAGGAGCUGAGGAGGGCUGGGUGGAGCGGAGGCUGAGGCAGAUCCAGGAGUAUCGAAAGCUGCGCGAAGCGGCGGCUGCAGCCAGCGCCGUGCUGAGGAUCGCAGAGGAAAUGAAGCUUUCUGGGAACUUCGCUGCAAUCGAGACCCUCCGCCAAAUGGAAGAAGCGUCUUUCAAACAGAGGCCGCUGAGCUCCCUCACUGAUGACCUGCUCUGUGCCGGGCAGCAGCUCGCCUUCGUCACCAGGCAGCACACAUCCUGUCUGGAGGAGUUUCUGAGGAGCCAAACUCUGACCCGCUGGGUCCAAGAGAACCUCAGAAAUAUGAGUGACGUGAAGGUCUAUGUUGAUCUUGCUUCCAUUUCUGCCGGAGAGAACGACCGGGAAAUCGACCAGGUGGCCUGCUUCCAUGACGCCGUGAUGGGCUAUGCUCCAUUGCUUUACUCGCUCUCCCCUAAAGCUGGAUUUGAGGAGUUCAUGAAGUGUGCUCAGCUGGUGUGGGACGCCCACAGCCGGGACGAAAAGCUUCCUGACAAACUGAGAGAGUCAACUCGCUUACUGAACUGGCUGAAAGCCCUGAAGGAGACUCAUGGCUCUGUGGAGCAGUCCUCGCUCUCGCUUGCUUCCUCCAUCAAUGAGUGCGGAGUUUAUUCAGUUGGAUGGUCUGAAAGGAACACGGAAAGGAGAUGCCUGCAGAACAUGGUGCAGGUGACGGUGAACAGGGGCAGAGAGGAGAAGAGCUACAAGCACGAGGAUCUGCUGGAGCUCCAGAACAAGCUCAUGCUCAUGUCCUCCAAGGGAGAACAUGGAAGAGAACAAGUUACCAGGUUUACUGAGGUCUUUGAAGGAGUUCAGAGAGUGGGGGCCAUCCUUCUUCAGAUGCAAACAUCUGGGAACAUGCUGUUCUGGGACUGGCAUGCCCGGGCCUUCUGCUGCGCACAGCAGCAGCAGCCUUGCAUCAGGAUCACCUUCUCAUCCCUGGGGGGUGAGCAGAUGGAGUACCACGGCGAGGUGUCACAGCAGCUGCAGCAGCUGGCUGAACUGAUGGACUUCUGCCACAAAGAAUGGCUGGACUUCAUCGGUGAGAUGCGCUCCAGCUUCAGCGUGCUGAACUACUACACCACGGAGCAGAUGGUGUACCUGUGCCGGUGGAUUCACAGGGUUUGUCUGACGCAGGCGUCAGCUCCGCAGCAGCUCUGGAACCUACUGGUUCCCGUAAAGUCUCAGUGCACGCUGAACGAAAUCAGAGCUGCUUAUGCCAGCGCGGCCAGUUUGACCUCAAAGGACAAAGAACAGCAGCAGGGAGGGUCUGACACCGAAGAGAAGGACUGUGGAUCCCCAGGCAGGGAGGGGGAGGAGGCUCAUGAUUUAAUGGAGUUCUCUUCAGAUGAUGAAGAUGCUGUGAAAUGGGACGUCGACCUCACAGACAAGAUCAGAGGCAGAAACCAAUGGAAGCAACUACAGAGAGACAAGUCAAAACACCUGCGGGAGUGCCUGGACAUCAGGACUCUAGCCCGCGUCCUCGCAUGCCUUUCGGAAACAAAUCAGAUGCACAUGAUCAGAAAUCUUCCCAGACAAAUCCAGGAAGGGAAGCCCAACCUUGUGCUUUGUCCAGAUGCGGAGGUUUUUACCACCACACUGUCCUUUUACAUGGAGAGUCCAGAGCAGCCGCUGCCAUCUGCAGACGAAGUUUUGGUGUGCACAGACAAGACCACUCGAGAAGAAGUGGAAGUCUUUCUCCGUCGAGUCUUCAGCCAUAACUGGCAGAAGAUCUACGCCCUGGUUAAUCCUGGGCUGCUGGGAUAUGAUGUCAGUGAGGCCUUAGUGGAGACGUAUGAGGGUCUUGAGAGGAGCGCCAGCUCGCAUUUUCGGUUGAUAGUUGUGAGUCCUGUCGCUCACCAACACAAAUGUGUGCCGUCCUACUUCAGCAACAACAAAAUUCAGGCAGGUGAGAGUAUCAGAGAAGAGGUUGCCAGGAAGUAUCUCUGCCACCACUUCAGACAGAACACAUCAAUCCCGGUGGCAUCCAUCUCCCCGGACCAGCUCUCCAUCUGGAUGGUUUCAUCGGCGCGGCCUGCAGUCGGGAAAUCCCUUUUUGUGGAUCGUUUGUUUGAAAAGUUCCAACAGAAAUAUCCAAGAGCAAAACACAUCAGGAUCCAACUGAUCCAGCCGUGUGUGGACACCGAUUCACUGACGAAGAGUCUAACAGAGAGACUGUGUGCCCUGAGAGAGCACGACCCCGUUCUUCUUCACAUAGACACAGCUGCAGUUCGCUCUGGACUGGAGGAGCUCCUGUUUCGUUUGUUGGUCCUGGGCUGUUUAAGUGACGGCCAUGGGACUUUGUGGAGAAGAAAUGGAGCUCAGCUGAUAACUGUGGAGGUCCUGAAACCAAACUCAGCUCCUCAAAAACAGCCUAGAGAGGGAAAGCUUCAACUUUUUGACGUUCUGCCCACCAUUCAUUGUAGACCACCCAGAGAGGUUAGGCAACUUUUGGCAAAUCCAAGAUCCUUGUCCAAAAAAUCCUUUGAUCCACUCAUGAAUGAAGAACAGUUUCGAAGUGAAGGGAUUCAACGACCUUAUCAGUACCUAAGGCUCUACAACCAAAACCAGCAUCUGGAUCGGUUCAGCUACAAGGACAGAUCUGUUGUUGGGAACCCGAGCGACUGUCUCCAUCAUUUCCUUUUAUACUGCGGCAUGGGAGAUCCGUCGUGGGGCGAGUUGAAGAACUUCUCCUGGUUCCUCAAUGUGCAGCUGAAAGACUGUGAGAACUCAGUCUUUUGUGAUCCUGAUGUUCUUGCAGACCAUCUGCCUAAUUUCAAGAGCUUCAUUGUAAGCUUCAUGAUUGUCAUGGCUAGAGAUUUUGCCUCCCCGUCUCUUAACAACUCGGAUGAAAGCCCUGUGCCGGACAGGAACACGGGACGCGCUCAGGAUGAAGACCUUCUUACUCGUCUGACGAUUCGCAAGCGCUGGGAAGAGGAGCCUCAUCCAUACAUCUUCUUCAACGCAGACCGUUCAUCGAUGUCUUUUCUUGGUUUUAACAUACAGCGAUGUCGAAACGCACUAAAUGCAGUUGAUCCUCGCAGCCUAAAAGUUCUGAUCCAGAACGUGAUGCCACAGAAACUUUACGAAGGUUUGCUUCGGCAAAAGAUUUGUCUGACGGAGAACUUUGAUCUUUUGCCGCGGUCAGACAAAAUCAAAAGGAUUUCUUGUGUUGUUGGUGCAAAGAAAGGCAUAACAGACAGGAGCUUUGAUCCAGACCCAACAUACGAGCUGACUGCUGACAACGUGAUGAAAAUGUUGGCUAUCCACAUGAGGUUCCGAUGUGGAAUUCCAGUUGUCAUCAUGGGGGAGACGGGAUGUGGGAAAACCAGACUGGUCCGGUUCCUUUGUACUCUGCAGAGAGAAGACAAACCAGUGGAGAACAUGGUUCUUGUCAAGGUUCACGGCGGAACAAAUGCCGAAAUGAUCUACAGGAAAGUGCGGGAGGCUGAGGCUCUUGCCCUUAAGAACCAGCAAACACAUAAGAUUGACACCAUUUUGUUUUUUGACGAAGCCAACACCACAGAUGCCAUUUUUGCCAUUAAGGAAGUCUUGUGUGACCGAACGGUGCAAGGGGAACCUUUGAAGGCACAAAGCGGCUUGAAAAUAAUAGCAGCCUGCAACCCUUACAGGCAGCACUCCCCUAAAAUGGUGGAACGUUUGGAGCUGGCAGGGUUGGGGUACAGAGUGAGGGCAGAGGACACCAAAGACCGCUUUGGCAAAGUUCCUCUGAGGCAGCUGGUCUACAGAGUGCACCCUCUCCCUUCAAGCUUGGUCUCUUUGGUGUGGGACUUUGGUCAGUUGAGUGAUGCAACCGAGCUUUCUUACAUCAAUCAGAUUGUUCAAAAAAAAUCAGCCGAUCAUAGUCUGCCGGAUGCGUGCAGGAAGGUUAUUUCAGAAGUGCUGGCAGCCUCCCAGAAAUACAUGAGAAGUCGGAAAGAUGAGUGCAGCUUUGUGAGUCUCAGAGAUGUGGAGCGGUCAAUGAAAGUACUGGUUUGGUUUUACCAGCACAGCAAGGACCUUUUCCACAAUUGCGAGCAUCUCGGUGACGAUUGCAAAGUGCUGAAGUGCUUGAUUCUUGCUGUUGGAGUGUGCUACUAUCCAUCUCUGGUGACAAAAGAAGAGUACCUGGAGGAAAUCUGUGUUCACUUUCCUCACCCUCUCAACUCCGCGGCAGCGUUGCAGGCGGAUAUUUCCUCCUGUCAAGAUAUCUUCCUUCAGAACAUUCAGACCCGAGAAACCAUUGCCAAAAACAUCGCCCUGACAGAGAAUGUGUUCCUCAUGGUGGUUUGCAUUGAGCUCAGGAUUCCGCUGUUCCUGGUUGGCAAACCAGGCAGCUCCAAGUCUCUUGCUAAAACAGUUGUAGCUGACGCCAUGCAGGGCCAGAACUCGCACUCGGAACUGUUUCAGAAGCUCAAGCAGGUUCACAUGGUUUCCUUUCAGUGCAGCCCUCACUCAAGUCCAGAAGGCAUCAUUGGGACCUUCAAAAACUGCGCCCGCUUCCAGAAGGACAAAAAUAUGGAAGAGUACGUGUCAGUGGUGGUUCUCGAUGAGAUCGGGCUUGCAGAGGAUUCUCCUCAGAUGCCCCUAAAAACUCUUCAUCCUCUCUUGGAGGAUGGAUGCAUUGACAACGACAAGCCAGAUCCGCACCUGAAGGUUGGCUUUGUCGGCAUUUCCAACUGGGCUCUUGACCCAGCAAAGAUGAACAGAGGAAUAUUUGUGUCCAGAUGGGAUCCCAGUGAGGAGGAGCUUGUGCUUACCGCCCAAGGAAUCUGUUCAUCCAUCAAUCCGAUUCUCCUCAAAAUCAAACACCUUUUUCCAUCUUUGGCAAAAGCCUUCUUGAACAUCUGCAGAGAAACUUCCAAAAAUCAAUUCUUUGGUCUGAGAGAUUACUACAGCCUCAUCAAAAUGCUCUUUACAUCAGCUAAAGCCACACAGCAAGAGCCUGAUGGACAGCAGCUGGUGGAGGCCAUCUUGCGGAACUUCAGCGGACAGCCAAAAGGUUUCGACUCUGUUGCGUUUUUCCAAGAAGUUCUCCAAGAUAGUCAUGAAAUUCCCAGACCCAGCACUCUGGAUAUGGUGAAAAAGAACCUGGACCAUGAGUCCAGCACAGAGAGCAGGUAUCUCCUCCUAUUGACCACCAACAAUGCUGCUCUUCAUAUCCUUCAGCAGCAAGUCUUUGCAAAAAGUAUUUCACCUCCUGAAAUCAUCUUUGGUUCAGGAUUCCCAAAGGACCAGGAAUAUUCUCAAAUAUGUCGUAACGUGAACCGCGUGAAAACAUGCAUGGAGACCGGACGCACCGUCAUCCUCCUCAACAUGCAGAACCUCUACGAAAGCCUGUACGAUGCACUGAACCAGUACUAUGUCUACCUCAGUGCGCAGCAGUAUGUUGAUCUCGGUCUGGGCUCCCACAGAGUCAAAUGUCGUGUUCAUCCAAACUUCAGACUAGUUGUGGUUGAAGAUCAGAAGAAGGUUUAUGAGCAUUUCCCAGUUCCCCUCAUCAACAGGUUGGAAAAACACAGAGUGGAUCGGAGUACUGAUCUGGAGUUAUGGCAGCACAGAGUUCUCGACAAACUGAGAGAGUGGGUGGAGGGGUUCGUAGGUGAGGCCAACCAGGAUUUCAAGCCAUCUGACACUUUUAUUGGCUUCCAUGAUGAUGCGUGUGCUAGCGCCUUGUUGCAGGCAUUGGAGGAGACAAAACAAAAAGAUGUGACGAGGGAAUCGGGACAGCAUCAACAGGAAAACAUGGGACCAUUUCAGUCAGAUGAAGAGGAAGAACUGAUCGACCGGUUUGUUGAUGCAUUGGGCACUGAGCAAGAAAAGGAAACAGAGGACAGAAGCAAAGAGGCUGGCAAAAAGAUGCUGGAAGAUGAAGAGAUUAUGGAGACAGAGAGUUAUGCAGAAUCUGCCGAGCUACAGAAAGAAGAGGAUGUCCUUGAAUUAGCCAAAAGUCUGCUGUUGAACUGUGCUACUCCGGAUGCGGUGGUGAGGCUCAAAUACUGCGACCUGUCAAACCAGGAAAAGGGCAGACUCCAAAAACUGUACUUCCAGCAGCAGCAUCACCACUCCCUUCGAGAUUUUCUGGAUGAGUCCAUGAGCAGAUAUGACGGCUGUUGCAGGUUUCUGGAGAUUACCACCUUCUCCAGCUUGUUAACCAGGUCAGAUGUGAGGGUGAUGGCCCGUGCUCUUGGACUGCAUCCAGACAGAUUCAUGCUGCUGUCCCUCCACCAGUUUGACACCGAGGUCUCCUUCUGCAACAAAAUACGGAGCUUCUUGCAUCAUGCUGGUCGCUCUCUUCACCUCCUCUUCAUCCAGAUGGACCUUGAAGAAUCCCAGUGCAGCGAUGAGCUCAUUGCAUCUGCAAAGUACUGUACCAUGAAUUACGUGACGUCACUGGAGGACGGGGUCUGCUGGGUGAUUUUCAUCAUCAAGGUUUCAAGGAUCUCCAGUCAGUCAGAGUACAUCGGUUUCCAAGGAGGUGUCUGGAAUUCAGUGCACAUCGAUGACCUGAGGGAUCCGGAAGACAUGAGUCUGAACCUGUUGGACUUCUGUGGAACUCGCAUUAGCAGCCUGCUCAAGCGUGCACUGCCAGAAAAUCAAAGUGAAGCCAAAGAAACAAGAAGAGGCUCUAACGAGCUCAGAAGUACGGACACGGCGCACCUUCACCCCCUGUCCUUGGUGAGGUCAUGCGUCCAGAAAGCUGUGAGUUUGCUGCGGGACCCAGACGGCAGGCCGUCGAGAAGCAUGCAGAGGAUGCACAUCCUUCUGGGUCUGUUGAAGUCCGAUCAGGAAGACGUAGGAGCUCGCUUCCAAAGUGCGCUGUUGGACAGGCUGGCCGAGGCUUUGGAGCAGAGGGAGGAGCUGAUGAGGGCUCCUAAGGAGUGGGUGAACAUGGAGGCCAAAAAACGGCAAGCCCUGCAGGAGGGGGGGACCCUCAGACACACUCUGUGGCGGUGCCUGCAGUCCUCGGUCAUGCCACUCCUGGCCGGCAUGCUGGAGGUCAUGGAUCGAUACUCCAACCUGGAGCUGCUCUCCACCCGCAGGCUCAGCGGCGGCCUGCUCCGCCUGUGGGUGGACAUCCUGGCCGAUUCCCAAAUUCUCCACCAUUCACCUCUUAAAAGCUCAAGUGAGUCAGACCAGGAGGUGUUGGUGCAACACUACUUCAUGUUGGAUGGUGAAGAACUGCCAUGUUUGGCCCCCUUUAGCUGGCUCAUCAGACUGCACCUUGAAAGCUUGUGGGAAGAAUCAGAAUUUAUGCCGGUAACACAAAAAGGUUGCACAGAGCGGAUUGUGCAGCUGGUGAGCGCCUUCCACAGCAGCCGGCUGGGCGUUCUCCUGCAGGAGCUCUCAGAGGCGGAGAGGCAGGAGCACGCCCUCCUCUACCUGCAGGACUUCCUGCUGCUGUCCCUGAAGAUAAAGUCAAAAGACGAGCUGAAGGUGUUCACCAAAGCCGUUCAGGGGCUGGUUUUCGAGCUCCAGGCCUCCAUGGGAGUCCCUGCUGAGCUCUCUCCUCCCUGGAUCACAGCAGCUGCAAAGGUCUGCGCAGCCAGAGUCGACACGCUCAGCCACCUCUUCCUGCUGCAGCCGCACCUCGCUGCUGACGUUCUUCAGCAGUGCUGGAAGAGGACGCCAUCGCAGGAGGUGCUGGAGGAUAUUUUGGCUCUUGGCAUCUGUGUUGAAGAAAGCAAACUUCUGCUGGUGGAUUCCCUUCACCAGUGUGAGUCCUUUGUGAGCAGAGUCCAGCUGCUGCAGCCGUGUCUGGACCGAGCUUUGGGUCAGAACUACGCCGAGCUCUGUAGUGCUGCCCAUCUGCAGCAUCUGGGCUCUAUCAGGUCUCUGUGGCACUGGAUGCUGAUUGUUGCGUCGUUCAUCCAGCACGUCAUCUUCAAGAUUGAAGAAGAAGACUCCAGAUUGAUGGAAGUGGCUAUAAAACACUGCAACCUCCACCUCAACCAGCUGAUGCAGGACUCGUCGGAUGUGGGGAGUGUGGACACGCUGUCGCAGCUGAUCCGCAUCCUCAACUCUUUUCAUGACGAGUGCAUCAGCCGGAGCCUCAGGUUCGGCAUUUCCUGCCCCGUUUGCCUGCUGGAGCUCAGCGAGCCGUCGCUUUUGCCCUGCCAGCAUGUCGUCUGCCUGCCCUGUCUGCAGCGCUGCAUCCAGCAGCACCGGCGGUCCUGCCCCAAGUGCAGAAAGGAGCUGCAGAAUGACUUCACGCCAACUGUCUCCCACACAGUCAAGGCGGCUCUGCAGCAGCAGGCGGCCAUCAGGGGCCGCUGCAACGCCUUCUUCCUGGAGGUGGUGUCCAGCUUCUGGCUGUCAGAGGGCCAAAGGCCUGCAGAGGGCGUGGUGGAGCUGCUCUUCUCUUUGCUGGUCUCUGCCAAUGGAGACGUGUACCGUACCAGAAAGCUGACUCCCUUCCUGGAGUGUGUGGAUAACAGCCCGGUGGUCCGAUCUGUGCUGCCUAAGCUGCUGCUGCAGUACAGUUUUGAGGAGGUGAAGACCCACAUUCAGACCUUCCUAAAGGACCUGGAGGAGAAUCUUCUAGAUGCAGAGGACCGCACUGAACUUUACCUGCUGUUUGUCAACUGCUUCCAGGACUCUCUGUUGUGUUCAAACAUGAAUGGAGGACCGUCUGCAGACGUCAGCUUCCUGGGCAGAUUCACCAGGAAGCAAACUUCAGCCAGAGAAGAGGAUCCUGCAGAGUUCCUGCUCAACAUCGCAAAGCUGAGAAUUUGCCUGAGUGCUGCAGCGCGGCAGCUGCAGGGAGCCACAGGUCAAGAUGCGGACGCGGAGGACGGCGUGCUCCUGCAGCAGGUGAGGGCUGUGUGCGAGUAUGGAGGCAACGACUGGGUCAGGAUCUACCUGCUGCGAGCGCUUCACAGGCUCUCCAGCAUGGACCUCAUCCUGUCCCUGAUGAACAGCUCGGUUCACCGCUGGAUCUUCCCCGCAGAUCUGCUGCGAAUGCAGAGGAUGAGUCCAACAGAUGUGGAUCCCUUCCUGUGCUGCGGGACGCUCUACAGAGACGUUAAAGAAGCUUUGGUGCAGGCUGUCCUCCAGAACCGCUCGGACACACUUGUGGCCCAGCUGCAGAAGCUGAGAAGCUCUCAGGUCGGCCUUGUGGUUCUGGCAUUGUACCGAUGCGUCACCUGCCGCUACAGAUCACCGGAGUCCAGUCUAUGGCCCUCCUCUCAGGAAAAGGAAAAACUGGAAGUCCUUCUCAGAAACCUCUUGUCGAGGGACUUGGUGGACUUCUGCUCGUCUCUUCUGUCCAAUCAGAUUGGCGGUCCGUCCUCCCAUCUCCGCGUCAGUUUGAAUCUCCCCCCACAGAGACAAACGGUCCUGGAGCUGCUGGUCCACCUGGGCUCCGUGCUCCUCUGUGGAAACCCUCUGCUCCUUCCUCUGAACGAGAUCGCUUUCCAGCCGGCAAACGCCACCAAUUAUUUUCUGCCAACCAUGCCGGACGAUCAUUCCAGUGAAGCCCGACAGUGGCUGCAGAGAGAGCGACUGCACACAUACACUUGUGCCAACGGACAUGUGUGCUUUGUUGGAGAGUGCGGUAAACCAAUGGAGAGAUCCAAAUGCCUUGAAUGUGGGCUUCCUGUUGGAGGAGAGAGACACACCCCUGUUGCUGGCUUCCUUCAACAAAACCUUCAGAGAGACCAGACCAGGACGGGACACAUUCUUGGGGAGGCUCAUCGGAGGUCUGAAGCUCCCGAGAGACAGUUGACGUCUGCUCAGGCCUGCAUCCUGAGGCUGCUGACGCACCUCGCCAUGCUUCAAGGCACCAGCAGAGACCUGAGGAAAGUUGGAGACAUGAUCCACCCAAGACCCGGCAAUGUUCUCAGCUUCCUGUGGGACCACCUGGAAAAAGACAUGGAGAUGCUGAGCCGGACUCUGGACCUCAACAUGGAUGACACUGCAAUUACAGUUCAUUUGGUCCUGAACAGAUGCUCUGCAGGUUUCCGUGGUGCCACACCUGACCUGUCCUCCAGACAGGGACGGCAGCGAUUUGAGGAGCUGCUUUGCGGCUCUGCCAUCAAGCCAGUGCUCCAAGAUCUGAAGACAAACUUGAGCGAAGCUCAGGCCAGCAUCAGUGCUGAUGAGGGCCUUGCUGGAAGCCCCCUGAUGACGGUGCUCUACGGGGAUCCUGGGACGAUGCUGUCCCUCCCCUCCAGCUGCCCCACUCACCGCUCAUCUUUCUGGACUCUGCGGGAGACGAUGACGGUAGAGCGCUUCUCACAGAGGGUGGGAGAGACAAAGGGACGGUUGUCUUUACCCCUGCUCUGCCUGUUUCUGAAGAAGAUACAGUGUGUGAGGCAGUUGCAUCACCUGCCUGACCUGGCUGCGUUACAGUGUGACCUGCUGCGGGGGGGCGCUCUCCUGACCGGAGGUGCCAUGUCUCAGACAAUCGCACAGGUUUUACAGCAGAUCCCUGCAGGGUACCAGAGGAAGACCCUCGCUGACAGAGUGGGCACCUUCAUCACAGUGUGGAACUGUCUCAGAGCAGAGGUGGCAAACAACUCAGCCGAUUUGGGGGUGGAUGUGAACUUGUGCCAUAAAGAGGUGACAACGGAAAGCUCUGGGGAGUACCUGGCACCACGUCGACAUGGACCGGGUUCGUGUCUACAGACUUUGAUCGACUUCCUGUCUGAGACUCACAACAGCCUGGUGAGAGAGGUCAGGAGGGCGAGCCACAUGACGGACAGUGAGUUCAGCGUCCCUUUGGAGAGGAUUUCAGCGACCCAGCUGACGCUGUGCCACCCUGAGCGGGAGCUGCUGCCGCUUGUUCUGGCAAACUGCAACUACAGCCUGGAGAAAGGCGGAGAGAUGGGCAGCAGCUACGACCUGCUGCACAUCCAGACUCAGCUGCGCCGCCGCUUCCUGGCUGGAAAACCUCUCAUCCAGGCCGACACCUCCAGGUAUUUGAACCGACACCUGCAGGACUUCUCACUGGUUCUCAGUGAAGUCAGAGGAAAGAUCUGCCAGAAAGCCCUGAAGGGCUCGGUGAGCAGCACCAUGACUGCAGCGCUGCGCUCCUACACGGACGUUUGUGACGCCCUGUUUGUGUUGGAGAUUGGCCUUCGCUUCCUGGGGAAGACGGGCGGUAGCCCCCAGGCUCAGCUUUUGUCGUACCUGAACGACUCACUGCACAUGCGGACCCAGAUUUCCAGCACUGUAGCAAAGAGUCUUGGAGAGAGCAGGUUAGAGCACAGCAUCUUCACCUGGCAGCUCCUCACCUGUUGGAAAUCUGACUUGAUGCUUAAGAGGAAGCAGGAGCCAUUUCCAAAGCUUCCCCCAGAGUUUCAGCAGAAGCUUUCACAGGAUGACAGGAAGGAGUUGAAGGAUUUCCUCGCCGUCACGGAUGUUGACACGUUCAUUUUGGAGCUGCAUGAAAUCCUUCUGUUGAAGACGGGCGGCGGCACUGGUUACCAGCCACACUGGGACAUCAGGUCCACCUUGGAGACCCACCUGGAGCAGAAAGACUCCCCACCUCUGCUGGGGCUGGACGCUCUGUCGGAGGAGAUCACGCUGGGCCAAGGGGCAGACGUGUGGAGGGCUGCUGUGGAGUUUAGAAGAAAGUAGAGACGGACGUGUAGCCAUUCCAGAUGAUUGAAUAAAAAAGUGUCUUUCUGUUUUGGACCAAUCACAGCUUCUGCUUGUAACGGUGUCGUUUGUUUGGUGUCCCGAAUAAAUGAUGAAGCAAAGGUU